AUGUCAGAUGAACAGAAAACUGAAUGGUCAAAUGUAAAAUCUUUACAUAAUGAUCGUUUUAUUGAAUCAAAAAAAGAAAAACUUGAUAUAAAUAAUUUACAUCCUGAACAAUGUAAACGUUUACAAAUGCUCGGUUUAAUAACUUUAAAUACAAAUGGAGAACAACAAGAAGCAACCGAUGAAGAGAUUGAUACUAUUUUACAAAAAACAAUACAAAAUGAAGAUCCAAGUAUUCUAGCUGAUAAAUAUAUGAUGCGACAUGGAUUAUAUGAUUUACUUAAAGCAUUGACAACAAAAAUUGUACUUAAUCGACCAGCUGAUCCAAUUACUUUUAUGAUUAAUGAUCUAGAAAAUCAAGUUAAAGAUAAAGCAAAUAUUUGA